CCCCAUCUGCAUAUUUGCAGCUCACUCAUCUUCAAAAAAGAAAAAAAAAUGUCAGCUACCAUUGAGUCAGAACAGCAGACCCCAAACCCACCAUUAUCAAAUCUCGUGAGCACCAUUUCCUCCUACGAAGGCAACGUGCUGCUGGCUGCCAUCAUCUCAUUGCUCCUCGUCAUCCUCUUCGUCCUCCUCCUCCAUCUCUACGCCAAGUGGUUCUUGGCUCAUGCUCGCCAAAGGAGCCGAUCUUCCUCCACUCUCUCUCACGUCUUCCCCCACGACCGGUUCCGCCAUUUCCACGCCUUUUCCUUCGACAACAACGCCUCCGCCUCCUCCCCAUCCAAGGGUCUCGAUCCUUCCCUCAUUUCCUCCAUCCCCUUGUUCGUUUUCAAACUAGAUGAACACAGCGACAACAACAACAAGAAGCAUGGGUUACACAACUUAGACUGUGUCGUGUGUUUAAGUCCGUUCGAGGAUAACGAUGUUGGAAGGAACUUGCCCAAGUGCGGCCAUGGUUUCCACCUUGAAUGCAUUGAUAUGUGGCUCCACUCUCACUCCAAUUGCCCCAUUUGUAGAGCGCCUGUGUUGUUGACCAAUGAUGCUGAAUCUCAAGUCAGUUCAGCGGAGACUGUGGGGGAAUCAUUAGAUUCUGGUCGUCAUCAUCAAAUUGCGGCACCCAUUGACGAUGAUGAUGACGAUCUUUCAGCUUCGUCUUCCAUUGGUUGUUCUUUGAAGAGAAUGUUGAGUAGGAACAGAUCAGAGAGCAAAGUUUUUCCCACAUCAAACGGCGGUGAUCUUCAAGUUUGAGGAUGAUGAACAGAGUGAUUUACUUGCUCUCUUUUUCUUUUUUCAUGUUCAUAAAUUACAUCACUUUUUUGUGUAUAGAUGUCGGAAAACUUGUUUAUCAUCUUUCUCCUACAUUGAGCCACGUAAUUUUAAUCUCGUUUUCCAUUCA